CAAGACUUUGCUGCCAAGUGAAUGCAGACGUGGCUGUGCCCAAGCUUUGGAGAGCUCCAUUGUAUUUCCAUUUGACGGAUCAAUGAAGAAGCAGGGUUUUCACAGCCACAGCUGUGACCAAAGGCAGCCCACUGCCCUGGAGGCGCGCGCUCCGCUUGCUCGGGAACCCUCUCCAGACGUCCACUCAGUCCACUCGGGGUGAACGUGAUGCCAGCACCCCGGUGUGCCCCGUGAUGACGCCGGCCUAAUUACCCCUCUGGCCCGGGCAAAGAUGCUGGCCAACUCAACAGCCAACAUCAAUGCCACCGAAGAGCCUGUUCUGUGUCCAGACUACCGGCCCACGCACCGCGUGCACAUGGUGGUCUACAGCCUGGUGCUGGCCGCCGGGCUCCCCCUCAACGCGCUGGCCCUCUGGGUCUUCCUGCGCAGACUGCGCGUGCACUCCGUGGUGAGCGUGUACAUGUGCAACCUGGCGGCCAGCGACCUGCUCUUCACCCUCUCGCUGCCCGUGCGCCUCUCCUACUAUGCCCUGCACCACUGGCCCUUCCCGGACCUGCUGUGCCAGACGGCGGGCGCCAUCUUCCAGAUGAACAUGUACGGCAGCUGCAUUUUCCUCGCGCUCAUCAACGUGGACCGCUACGCCGCCAUCGUGCACCCGCUGCGGCUGCGCCACCUGCGGCGGACCCGCGUGGCGCGGUGCCUGUGCCUGGGCGUGUGGGCGCUCAUCCUGGUGUUCGCCGUGCCCGCCGCCAACGUGCACAGGCCCUCGCGCUGCAGGUACCGCGACGGGGAGGUGCGCCUGUGCUUUGAGAGCUUCGGCAACGACCUGUGGCAGGGCCGGCUGCUGCCGCUCGUGCUGCUGGCCGAGGCCCUGGGCUUCCUGCUGCCGCUCGUGGCCAUGGUCUACUCCUCGGGCCGGGUCUUCUGGACGCUGGCGAGGCCCGACGCCACCCGGAGCCAGCGGCGCCGCAAGACCGUGCGGCUCCUCCUGGCCAACCUGGUCAUCUUCCUGCUGUGCUUCCUGCCCUACAACGCCACGCUGGCCAUCUACGGGCUGCUGCGCGGCCAGCUGGUGGUGGCGAGCGAGGCGGCCCGCGACCAGGUGCGCCAGGUGCUGAUGGUGAUGGUCCUGCUGGCCAGCGCCAACUGUGUGCUGGACCCGCUGGUCUACUACUUCAGCGCCGAGGGCUUCCGCAACACCUUGCGCGGCGUCAGCACGCCACUGCGAACCACGACCUUGCCCACGAACGGGACUCGAGAGAUGCUAACCGAACGGUUGGCUGGCACCACCCACUGCACCGACGCAAAUGCCUCCAGCCAGGGGCUGCUAAGACCCGCCUCCCUCCGGCCUCCCAUCACUCAGUGCCCCCAAGAUUCGGCCCUCUGAUCGCUCAGGGCCCAACCGAGGGAACCAUCAGCCCUCCCUCCCCGCUUUCUGUCUCACAGUGAGCUCCUCGUGGAAGUCGGGUGGGGUGGGACACCAGGGCUCACGGAUGGCGAUCCCAGCUCCUAAGUGCAGAAGGGAAAGAGUGGCAGUUAGGGGCACAGGGCAGGAGGUGUGCUGGUGGGAAUUCUUGACGUCGGUCGUGGUGUUAGGAACCCGGAGCCGAGCCGUCCUCUUCCUUGGUGGUGAAAAGGAUGCAGGCAGCCUGCCCUCCCUCGCCGAGGCGCGAUUGCGUGAGGGGGUUUCCUUGGGGCAGGGGCUGGCUGAUGGGAGGGAAAACCAAUACCCUGGAUUUCCUGGACCCAUCACACCGAGGAGUAGAAGCUGAAGAACCUCAGACGAGUAGAAGCUGAAGAACCUCAGACCUGGGUGGACAAGCCACCGAGUUCAACUGCUGACUUCUCUGUGGAGCUUGGAGCUGCGAAGUCCUUCCCUCUCAUCUCCACCUGGGCAGCCUCAGCUCAGCAUUGAGGUGUAAUAAAGAUGGGGGGGAAGAGCUUA